AUGGAAACAGGUGCCUCUGGGAGAGUUCAUCAGUCUCAUCUGAAUUCAGGAAGUUCUGAAAGUAAAACAUACCAAAGCUUUCAGCAGAUGAGGAAUGUAAUGGAAAAGGACAGGAAGAGUGAGAGAACUAGAGGCAGUGGCAAAGACUUAGCGUUUACCCUCAUGCCCUUGUAUGCUAUUGGUGUGGGGGUGUUUGCAGCAUACAAAUUCCUGAAGAUGAAAUCUCAAGAAGGAAGUUCUUCCAAGAAAGAGAAAAAUACAGCAGAAGAUAAGGCAAAAGAAACAGAACAUCAGCUUUUGGAACUGGAGCAGCAUCUAGCACAGACAGAGAAAAUUUUAAAUUCUUUAUUGACUCAGUUAGACCCACUGUCGAACUGUGUUAAUGCUUUGGCUUGUGAACAGAAAGAUGAAAUAAUGACACAGCUCCAGUCCAUUAGACAGCUGAUGAAGGAAAGUGGAUUGGAUAAAUCAGAAAUGAAACUAAAAGAUGUUAAUCACACAUGUAAUGAGAAACUUGAAGAUCUCAUUCAGUCAUUUGGCGCAAACACUCAGGAAAAAGCAGAUGACAAUGAAGAUCAUAGUAUUGAAGAUCUGCUUGAAGAUACUGAUGGUUGUUACAGAAAGGAAGAGCAUGAACUGUGUGACUGUGAAUUCACACUUAGUCAGCUGAUUGAGCCAAAGGUGAUAGAAGUUCAAGAAAUAAUAAAUAGAGAGAUACUGGAACCAGAAGAGACUGAAUUAAGGCGGCGUAAUAGAUAUGAAUUAAAUAUGCAUAUAUAAAAUGUUCAAAAUUAAAGAAUUGUUGCACAUAACAUUGUAUGCACUUUUAAAAUAUUCUGUCACUGCUAUAUGCUUUAAAAGUAGAGGUGAAAUCCUGCCCCACUGAAGUCAAUGGGAGUUCUGCAAUUGACUUCAGUGGGUGGCAGGCUUUCACCCAGAAUGUUUACACAUAUAGUUCUAUUUAUUUUUCCUAUAGAAAAUAUUUCUGUACUAUCUGUAUAUAAUAUACUGAAAUUACACAUGGUGCUCCACAAAAGCAUCAAGAUUUCUUAAUACAAUAUUUGUUUUCAUACCUAAUUAAAA